AUGAUUCUCGACAAGCCUCUGAGCGUGGGCCACUUCGGCGAGAAGAAGCAGGCGUGCGUCAUCUACUCGGUGCACGUGCACCCGGACGGAUCCCGCUUCGCCACCGGCGGCAGCGACCACCGCGUUAGGAUCUGGUCGAUGGCGCCAUUCAGAGCCCCGGCGGCCUCCGUCGCGGCGGCGUCGUCAACAACCUCUGCGCCGGAAGACAGCAGCAGCGGGGCACCGUCACCACCACCGCCAUCAGAAGAAGGGCAAUCAGCGGCUAGCACCCCUUCCCCCCUGGUGCAGGGGGAAGACGUGCAGCUGCUGGCCGGCCUGCCCCAGCACACGGGGAGCGUGCUCUGCGUGCGGUGGAGCCACGGCGGUCGGUAUCUUGCCUCCGCUUCGGAUGACAAGUUCGUCCUCGUCUGGGAACUUCUCCCCGAGGGGUCGGCGGCGGCGGCCCCCUUCGGCUCGACCGAAACCCCGAACAUCGAGAACUGGUCCAGGGUCUGCGUCUUGAGGGGCCACUCCAUGGACGUGCUGGACUGCGCCUGGUCGCCAAACGACUCCAUGCUGGUGUCCUGCAGCAUCGACAACAAGGUCAUCGUCUGGCGGCUGCCCGAAACCGACGGCGAGGAGGGUCUUCAGCUCUCCCGACUCGCCACCGCCAAGAUCCUGAACCCUUUCCAGUCGCUCGAGCAACACACAAGCUUCGUCAAGGGGGUCGCGUGGGACCCCAUCGGCCGGUUCAUUGCUAGCAUCGGGGAGGACAACCGACUGCUCAUCUGGCGCGUUGGGGGAAACUGGGACGUCGAAGCGACUAUCACGGAACCGUUCGAGGACUGCGACGACACGCUAGUCCGGAGAAUCAGCUGGAGCCCGGACGGACAGUUUCUUGUGGUUACCAACAGCAAGGACGGGGACACCCACAACGCCGUCGUUCUCCAGCGAGGGCGGUGGCACGACCAGCCCACCUUCCUCGUCGGCUUCUCGCAGGCCACCCUGGCGGCGAGCUUCAGCCCGAUCAUCUACAAGCCGACGGCCGCGGCCGCGGCGGCGGGGGGAAGGCCCAAAUCCCACCACGUCGUGGCGGUGGCCGGGCAGGACAACAUCUUGACGGUGUGGCUGGCGGCGGCGGCGCGGCCCUUGGUGAUCCUGAAGGACGUGUUCCAGCAGCCCCCGUCGGACCUGUCCUGGAGCGCCGACGGCUACACGCUGGUGGUGUCCGGGUACGACGGGACUGUCGUGGUGAUGAGGUUCACGCAGGAAGAGCUCGGGGUCGUGGUAUCGGAGGAGCACCGACAGGCCCACCUCGUCAAGAUGUACGGUAAGGACGCGGGCAACGUCGCUCUCGCGCUCGACGGCUCCCCGUCCCUGGUCGACAACCCCCGACAGCUGGCUCUGGAGAAGGCGAGGAAAGAAGUGCAGAAGAGCCGAGCGGCGGCGGCGAAGGCGAACGGCAACUCCACGGCGUCGUCGCUGGCGGGAAGGAUGACGACGCCGGCGACGGGGGCGUCGGCGCCGUCCCGUCCGCUCCAGAUAGAAUCCCGCGGCAAGGGCGGCAAGCGGCGGAUUCAGCCAAUGCUGCUGAGCGACGGGCCGGGGGCGACCCCGCAAGACCUCGCGGUCACCACCGUCUUCCCGCCGGGGGGAACGACGGUGUCCGAAGGGUUUGGUUCCGCGGCGGUCGCCGCCCCGACGGUGAACUCCCCGAGGUCCGGGUCCAAGCGUCCGCGGACCGGCGGCGGUGCGGGAGGCUGGAGCGGGAGCGGGCAGCAGGCGGUCGGGGUGCGGGCUUGCGAGGGCACGGUGGUUCGGUUGAGAGGCUCGAGGGGGGGCGGGAUGCCGCUGGUGUCUCCACCCGAGCUCAUGCCGCGGAAGAGGGCGACAGGCAGCCUAGUGAGGCAGAUUACCGGCAGGGAAGAGGAAGGCGGGGAUGCGUUCCGGUCCUCCCCGCGAGUACAGACGGGGGCGGCGGCGGCGGGAGGCGGGGCAAGAUCGGGGUCAGGGGUCGAAGGGAACAACGGCGGCGGGGCGCCAUCAGGGGCGACAGUGAUGGAGUGCUCGGCGUUGGACGAGGACUUUCUAGGCCUGCCGUCCCGGCGGUACACGCUUUUGACCGUCACGAGGGGGGGGAGGGAGGCGUGGAGAGAUUACAUGGCGGGCAUGGCUACGGCGUGCUGCGGCAACGACCGAGUCGCGGCCGUCGGGGCGGAAGACGGAUCGGUCUACGUGUACGACAGGAAUGGCGUUCGUUCUGCGCCUCCGAUGGUGAUUUCGCCGCCCGUCGCCUACCUGGAGUGUUGCGACAAGCGACCACCGCCGCGACAACAACCUCCGGCUUCCGCUGCCGCCCAGCCGGGCGAGCACCUGAUGGCCAUCUCCGGAGACGGCGACGUGACCGUCUGGAACCUCGACAGCAUGAGGAUUGUCGUCAAGACGUCUCUGAGCCCCCUGUUCCGGUCGCUCACUUCUUCCGGCGUCUCUCCCGCUGCCGCCGCCGCUUCUGGCUCACCUCGUUCCCCUAGGGGCACAUCCGGUGGCACCGGGGCCGGUGCUGCUGGGGCUUCCGCCGGACCGGAGGCGAAGAAGGGGGCGUCGGUGGCAAGGGCCGGGGUGACGCCGGAGGGGAUGCCGCUGGUGAUGCUGGCAUGCCACGGGGCCCCCGGCGGGUCCCUCCAGGCUUUCACGUUUCACCUGGGGCUCGAGACGUGGGUCAGGGUUGCCGACGGGAGGUCCGCACUGUCCGACUUCUACUCUUCGGGCCCGUGCACGUCUCCCUCCACCAGGGGAGGCGUUUUGUCGGCGCUUCAGAGAGGGGUUCGGUCCGGCGCGUCCCCUUCCCCCGGCGCGAUCCUGCAGGCCUCGAAAGCGGGCAAGCGGCCGGCGGCGGCGAUGGCGGGGGCACCGGCGAGGGAGAGCCUGCAGUCGGCGGUUACGAGGGGGCACCUCGAAGAGUCGUUGUCGACCGCCGUGUUGUUGGGCAACGCGGAGGAGUUCGAGGACGUUCUGCGGGCGUACGCGGGGCACCUCGCCAAGAGCGCGGGCUACGGGGAAGGCCGGGUCCGGACGCUCUGCGACAAGCUUAUGCUAGCGUCGAUCGGAGUCGGAAAGGGGGCAGAUGGCGGAGGUGACGGGGGCUCUGGCGCGAUGAUGCCCCCCCCGGGUGGGGGCGGUGGGACGAGGGAGCUUCCGGGGUUGCGUCUGUGCAACGGCCCUUCCAUUUUGGGGUUGGACAAGCUGCACCUCCUGAGCAAGGUUGUGCUCCCGGCGCUUAGCGGGAACCGCAGCCUCCAACGCCUCGUCAGCGAGUACUACGAUAACCUCGAGUACGUUUCGAAGUCGAGGCGACAGCAGCUACCACCGCCGCCGGCGCCGGCGCCGCUGUCACCUCUCGAACAGCGGACCCCGCGAGCUCCCGCCGCAGCCAUUCCGCACGUCGCCGAAGGUUCUUCGGUUGGCUCUGUCGUCGGAGACGAUGCCGCUUCUUCUGCCGCUAACGGCACUAGGGGCUCUGGUUCUACCCCUGCCUCUGGCGCUCUCGCUAACGGUGGCGGUGGCUCAUCUACCGCAAGGGAGGGUGGUGUCCACUCCGAGGGCCGAGCCGCUGCCGGGAUAAGAACGAGCGACCUGAAAGGAAAAAUGAGCGUCGCGAAUGGAGGCGGUGGUUCCGCUGCCGGUAGCGGUGACAACGGAGCGCGAAGAUCUAGCGAUGCUGCGACACUGGCGGCUGCCGUCGCGAAAGCUGGAGGAGCGGCGGCGACGGGGAGUACCACGGAGGGGGGAGGGGAGGCGUGUUCGGGGGGUAGACCGACAGCGACGCAGGACGAGCUAGAUGACGUCUAA